AUGAAUCCAUAUUGUGGACUAUGUAUUCGUAAUUGUACUUUCGGUGUUCAAUUAGAUGAAUUACAGCAAUUAUUACGUUGUGAUCUCCGAUGUUCUGGACGUCCUAUUUGUCCUUUCCGAUGUUCAGUUAUUAUUCGAAAUGAUGGAACUGGUCAUAUUAUUGUUAGCAACAACAAUGUUCGGCACAAGCAAAAUAGUAGAAUAUGUCGUCCUAUUCGUACUCCACUUCGUUCAAUAAUCAAACAACAAUUCAAUGUUGGUGCAUCAGUUUAUCGCAUGUACCAAAAUAGAUUACAAGCUCGAUCAAUUGAAGAACGACAAGGACGAAAUUAUGAUGCAACUGGAAAAAGUCGAGCUAUUUUGCAAAAGAUCAAGUCAGAAGCUGUCACUGAAUCAUUACUUUCACCAGAUGCUGAUGAUGGUUUACUUAAACUGAAUGAACAAUAUCGAAAUGAAGUUAAUGCUGGUGGAAAGGUACCAGGUGUUAUUCAAUCAAUUUCAAAAUACCCAUGUCAAGUUAUUGUGUUCUCAGAGUCAUCCAUCCGUCUCUAUGAUGCUCUUCUCAAACAUAAGAACAUCGUGGUUUCAUGGGAUGCUACUGGUUCAAUUAUUAAACAAAAUAAUUCUUUACAGUUACUGUAUUAUGAAUUAAGUAUGACAUUACCAGGUGUAGUAACUCAAGAUAGCAUUAUUCCAAUUACAUUCAUGAUAAGCGAUGCUCAUGCCUUAGUGAACGUUUUACAUUGGAUGCAAAUGUUUCGACAUAGCUAUUCUAAAGUUUUUCCUGGGCAAGAUUUUCCACGACCAAAUAUAGUUUUAAGUGAUCGUGCUCAGGUUUUUUUAACAGCUGCCUUGCAAAUAUGGAAUUCUGAAACAACAAGCCAAUUUCUUCAUCGAGCUUAUCGUAUUGUUACAAAUGAAGCAAGUGAGAUCGAUUAUAAGCUAACAAAUAUUCAUGCCUGUUUGUCUCAUGUUUUAUUAGCUGUAAGAAAAAUGGUAAAUAAAUUACUUGAUGAAAAAAUUCGUAAUUUGGCGAUGUGGUGCAUUGCCCUUCUUAUCAACACGUCUACCUGGAAAGAAAUGAUGCACAACUGGAAACUUAUAUGUUUUGCUCUUCUACAAAUGCAUAUUGGUGGUGAAACCCUGAAUGUAGAGUAUCAAGAUGCUUUACUUGACAAGAUUACUAAAAUUCGAGCUGAUCCAAAUACUUUUAUUGAUGAAGAAGCAGAAACAAACGCCACAGAUUCACCUUUUAAAUCAAUUCUCAAUAAUAUUUUCGAUGAUUGCUUGAAGGAUAUUGGAAUUUCUAUCGAUGAAGCACGAAAACCUGCUCGCCACGGUAUUUUAAGAUGGUUUAAAUACCUUACAACAUCACUUUUACCAACCAUUCCAAUUUGGUCUAAUCUUCUUAUUGGUGAUCUUAGUCGCCAUCGACAACGACUUGUUAGAUCAUUUGAAUGUUUAAUGAUUCAAGAGCCAGAACAACGAACUACUGCAAACAGCGAACGUCGUAUGGGUAUUUUAAAAAGAGCACAACUCGAAACACAAUUAAAACCAAUAGAAGAACAUUGGAGAAAAUCAAGUAAUAGAAGAAAUUGUGGGCGUUAUACCAAGGCUCCAGAUGAUUUUAUUAUCACAGAAUUAAUGUCAUCACUUAUUGCACCAACAAACAAUGUAAAUGCCAAUCUUGUAUUGCCGGUUGUUACCCCAAGCUGGUUAAAUACUGCUAUAUGUAUGCUUCUUUCUACUCAAACUUAUGGAAUGUAUUAUAAUUGUCCUCCAAUAUUGCCAACAAAUAUACCAAUUAUUCUUGAUUUGAUAAGAACUUUUCUUGAUGAUUGGUGCAAAUCAACAACACGAACUAAUCAAAUGUCAAAAGUUACGUUCAACUUACCAAAUACUGAUCAACCUAAAGAACCAAAUGAACAAUCAAUGUAUAUACUUGAAAAUAUUCUUAUUCCACUUCUUCAUUGUAAUAUUAUUGGAUAUAAAGUAUAUGUAUGUCAUUCAUGUAAAAGUGAAACAAAGGUACGGGUGAUUAUUACACAUAUUCCAGUUAAUAUUAGUAAAACUGGUCUGUACAUCGAACAUGAACUACUUACAUUUUUCGGUCCUAUGACAUCGGAUGUAUUAUGUUCAGCAUGUGGCAAAUCAACUGUUCGGCAUAUAGAAGUGAUCCAAUGGCCACAGGUUCUCAUCAUAAAUAUUACUGAUCCAAAAGCAACUUUUCGGUACAGAAGACCUCCAGCCGUUAUAUCUGUAUCUGAAUUCUCUCACUGGAUUGCUAUUGGUGCUCCAUCUUCUACAUUAUAUGAUUUAAUUACCUUUAACAGUGUUUUAGGUGUGGGUGAUAAAAAUGUUAUGAUACGAGUGACAAAAACUAAAAAAAAUUGGACUACCAGUGUUAAUAAAAAAAUAAUUGGCAAUGGAGAACAAUUACGUCGUCUAUAUGGAUCCAGUCGUAUUUUAAUAUUUGAACGCAUUUUUCACCAGACAAAAUUUAACAUGGUGUAUGCUAUUGCUCGAUGUUCAUCUGAUGCUUCGUCAUUAGAAUUUCCUGAUGUGUCAAUAUCUCUUACACUUCAAGAAGCAUGUCAAAUAAUUGAAACUAAUUCUGAUCUUAAUGAAUUAAAAGAAACUCUCAUUUCUGAUAUUUCUACUUACUUUUAUUGUCCUUUAUGCCGUCAAACACCGAAUUCACUCGUAUCAUCACAUCAUCAAAUUUUUAUUUUUAAACUUACUGUAAACAAUCAAUUAGUGGCUCAUCGAGUCAUUUCGAAAGACAAUGAUGAUUUAACAGAUGAUGAACGAUCUUGUGAAAAUUGUAAAUAUUCCAUCAAAAAUAUUGAUUUACCAGUAUAUAAACAAAUCUUUCACAAAUGUCCUAUUGUAUUAUUGGUUCCAACAGCAGCACCACCAUCAUCAAUGAAAAUACUAUCGAGAGAUACAGUGAAUGGUACUGAACGGAUCACGGUACAGGAUGGUGAAAAAGUCUUUCUUGUUACAUGUGGUCCAAGAACAAAUAAAUGA